AUGCGGUCGAAUUUGACUCCAUUUUCAACAGGUCACUGCGAGCUUGGGCCUGGGGAACUGAAGAGUUCUCCCACCAACUUGAGUGAAUUGGGUCGACACAACAUUGUUGAUAUCGAUCUUUGGACCGUGGAUAAGUUUAUUAGCAUGCUAAGCGAUAAAAAGUCAGGAUUUUUCUCCCAUCUCGGGUCGACCAAUUGGGAUACCUUUGGGAUGCGCCGUGGGCAUGUUGCUUUCUUGCACCUGGACGCCGCGGACAUGAUUGGUCAUUCACUCAAGCCUGGCUCACCAGAAUACCGCAAUUUAGUGCAUCAUCUGGAUUCUCUGAUUGCCCAAGUAACUGCUGAGGUCAAUCGUGCUUCUGCUGGGCUAGAUGUUCGAGUCGCAUUUAUCUUAACCGCAGACCAUGGGAUGACUGAUUGGGGUAGCCACGGAGCAGGUUCCUUGCACGAAACUGUAACUCCUCUCCUCGCUUGGGGCGCUGGCAUAAGGGGCCCUGUGGCUCUAGAACCGCCGUUUCCGUCUGUGCCUGACACGGAUAAGUAUGGCAUUCCCUUGCACAAUCACGGACGCGUACGCAGGGAAAUCGAACAGGCCGACUUGUGCCCGCUAAUGGCCAGUCUUCUCGGGGUUCCAGUCCCUGCGAACUCUGUAGGGCGCGUUCCAAUUUCACUUUUGGCAGUGAAUCAGUCAAUCAAGGCACAUCUUGUGCGGGCCAAUUGUUUACACUUGAUAGCCCAACUUCGAAUCAAACGGAAGCAAGUCAUUGAUUCCCACUUCAGCCUGUUCUUUCGGGAGUUCCAUUUCUGCAUCGGAGCGACCUUCCUCCUUUGGAGUCUGAUCGUCUUGUGUUCUGCCAUUGGUCCAUCUGCAUCCGAUAUCGAAUCGCAUUCCGAGUGCCUUACAAUGUUGCUGGUUGUUCUUAUCGGUACAAGCUCCAUGUUUGUUCGGUCUUCUGCUGUUCGCCACUACGUGUACCAGACGAUUCCGUUGCUUAUGUUUCUGCAUAUCUUCUGUUCGUCCACUCGCCGAGGACGCUUAUCCAAGCUGGUCCGCAUUUUGUGUUCGUUGAUUCAGCCCACCUAUCGGUCGAAUGGUGGACAUCUCAACACUACCCGUCGCAUCGCUUUGGAGAAGCCUGUGUUUAUCAUAUCAUCUCUAGCCCUACUGGAGUUGCUCAUACUUGGCUUCUCUCGACGUCCCCUGUUGUCUCUGGCUUGUCUUCUCUUGGCGUUUUGGCCAUUUCUCGAUGAAUCUUUUGGGACGGGCCGUCGGGAUCUUUGCCGCCUCUGGGUCCUCACUUGCGGCACUCUGGCUGUGUUCCCUCAGCUCCCCCUAAUUGGUACCUGGUUCAACUCGCUUUUUGUUUGCCUGAGCGGCCUUUGCGUCACUCCCCUGUGUUUCCUUUACCUUCGUUGGCUCUGUGACCCAACCGAUGGCCUGGCUAUCCAAAAUGCAAAAGGUAUCACGCGAAGUCUUUCGCCUCUCGGUAUCUUCCUUAUUUUCAUGGUUGGACUAUCGAGUUGCCUCGUCGGGAUUGUUCACUCAAGCUGGGGUUUCCUGCCAUGUGUGAGAGUAAUCAUUCGCUUUCUUGGCUGGAGCACACUGAUCUCUCUUCCCGUGAUCGUCUUCUUGUGGUGUCCUCCUCGACUGGGAAUGCGGGUCUUUUGCUGGUUUUCCGCGCUCCUCACAUUGAACGUGCUGUUGAGCACCGGCUAUGAACCUAUCUUUUUCAUCGUUUUCGCCACCGUUGGUCUGUUGUGGAUACAACUGGAGACACAAGGGAUGCAUUCAUCUUACCUCUGGUCGUCAAACAUCCUUUUGGCCGAACCGUUUAGCGGUAUUUUCCUGGCUCUCGAAUGCGAAUCUGUGUUGCGCAGGAAUGUUCGUCAGUCGCUGUUCUUUAUAUCCCUGCUGGUGAUUUCAUUCUUUGGCACAGGUAAUAUUGCCAGUCUGAAUAGUUUUGAUCCCCGAUCAACAUACGUUUUCGUCUCGAGAUUGAAACCGGCGCAGAUGGCUCCGUUUCUUCUUAUAAAAGUUCUUUGUCCCAUGCUUUACCUCGGAGUUGCUUACGGAGCAGUACAAUGGAGCAAUGACCACUUCGUGCAACCGAAGCUGUAUAGGCCUUCAGCUGUCAUCCAGACCGGAUUGUGUACCGCUAUGUCCAACUUCGUUGCUGUGCACUUCUUUGUCUGGUUACGGGACGAAGGCAGUUGGUUAGAUAUUGGAACCAGCAUCAGUCAUUACGUGAUCGCUAUGACGAUCGGAUUGGUUGCUUAUCUCUUUGGUUUCCUUGGGCGUCACAUGCUCACCUUUCGCUUGCACCCUCGUUUCGUUGUUACGCCCAUCAGAAAACACAUUUGA